AUGACAGAAACUAGAUCAUCCAUUAAAGCCUUGAAGAAUCAGAUGGGGCAAUUGGCGACACAAAUAGCUACCCACCCUGAAGGAAACUUGCCUAGCACAACAAAGGUGAACCCAAAAGAAAACUGUAAGGCAAUCACCUUGAGAAGUGGGAAGAAGUAUGAAGGGCCUGAUGAGAGACAACCAGUGGAAGAAGAGGUUCAAGAUCAACCGGCACCGACACCAGCAAAAAAGAAAAAUACUGAGGGUCUUGCACCAAAGGAAGCUUCUCCACCAGUCAGCAUAGACCACCAUGUAAAGAUCCCUUAUCCGCAGAGGCUCCAAAAGACCAACCUAGACAAGUUGUUUUUGAAAUUUCUAGAGGUAUUUAAAAAGCUGCACAUCAACAUCCCCUUUGCAGAAGCCUUGGAACAAAUGCCAAGCUAUGUGAAAUUCAUGAAAGAAAUCCUGUCCAAAAAGAGAAAAAUGGAGGACUAUGAAAUAGUGGCAUUGACCGAGAGGUGUAGUGCGAUAUUGCAGAAGAAACUUCCUCCCAAACUCAGAGAUCUUGGGAGUUUCACCAUACCUUGUACUAUCAAGAGAAUAGAGGGGAUAAAUGCAUUGUGUGAUUUGGGAGCAAGAAUCAAUUUGAUGCCUAUGUCAGUUUUUAGAAAAUUACAGUUGGGAGAAGCAAAGCCUACUACAGUGACCUUGUAA